AACAUCUUCUCUUACCUCUCGAUAAUCAAUUUACAUUCAAAUUCAACCACCUCUAUUAGUACACACAUCUUUUCACACACACGGUAAGGCAAAAUCAAGUCAAGUCUCUACCAUCAUGCCAUCAAUCGCAUACAUGAACCAAUCCGCUCCCUUCUGGGACUGGGUUGCCAGCCUUGAACAACAAGGCUUUUCCCAGAACCAGAAUGAAGCCAACAAUGAGAACACCGAACGUGGACCCGGCAGCGGCGAAGAGGGCCCCUUUGGUCCACCGCCAUUCGGCUUGUGGGGAUGGGGCCACCCAGGCUUCGGCGGCAGAGGUUUCCCUCAUCGUGGUCCACCACCACCUCCAGGCCCUCCGCCAGCCCCAAAUGCCGGGCACGAAGACGCGGAACAGGGGAAUGAGAAGGAGGGCGAGAAGGACAACGAGGAAGGGCCGUCUGGUAGCCCUAAAUUUGACAAUGAAGAAUUUUCUCGCGGCUGGGGUCGCGGUGGACGUUGUGGAGGCCGACGCGGUCGACACGGCUUUGGCGGCCCUCACGGCCACCAUGGACGCGGAGGCUUUGGGCCACAUCACGGCGGGCCUCGCGGAUGGGGAGGCCCAUGGGGAGGCCGUGGUGGCUCAUUCAACCCCUGGAACUUCGCCGAAGGUGUCUUCGACACCUUCAAGCCCAAGACGAACGACUCCGAAGACUUCGUUCCAGACGCAGAUAUCUUCUCCACCCCCUCUGAGUUUGUUAUCCACAUCUCCCUCCCCGGCGCAAAAAAAGAAGAUGUCGGCGUGAACUGGGAUGCCGAGAAAUCCGAACUGUCCAUCGCCGGAGUGAUCUACCGCCCCGGCGAUGAGGAGUUUUUGAAGACUUUGGAGAUGGGCGAGAGGAGGGUAGGGCCAUUUGAGAGAAAGGUCAGGCUUGGGACGCGCGCGAACCCAGCGCAGGUUGAUGAAGAGGGAAUUACGGCGAAGUUGGAGGAUGGGGUUUUGAGGGUUGAGGUUCCGAAGCGCUUUGAGGGUGGAUUCGUUGAGGUGAGAAAGGUGGAUAUUGAGUAAGGGUUCGUAUGGGUAGGCAAAGAGAGGAAUGAAAAUGCUGUAGUAGGAGGUGGAAAGGGACUGUUCCUUCUUUCGUUUAGCAUUUCGAAAGUGCUUGAAGGAUGUGGGAAGGUAGGUAUAUAGAUUUGUAUGGGGAGUGUCAGUGUAAUAGUAGGUUUAGCUUUUCCUGUAUAUACCCGUCAUUGUUAUUUUAUAUUGUUAUGAUAUCUUUGUCGCGGACCUAGUCUCUACGAAGACUUCGAUCCUCAUAACCCC